GUGUUUGGAUGAUUCAGCGUCCGGUUGGAGCAGAUUAAUCCCAGAAACUUGUUCACAGUUGAACUUUCUCUUCCGCCUUCGACUCUUGGAUGUUUGUAAAAUGUCCGGGUUUCAGGAUCGUUCAGACAUCCAGCAGCUGAUGGUGAUAAAAGAAGAGUUUCUCCCUGAGCAGCUGGAGAAGAGCUCCUGUCUGAACCAGAAGGAGCCACUGGAACCAUCACACAUUAAAGAUGAGCAGGAGGAGCUAGGGAUCAGUCAGGAGAGAGAGCAGCUUCAAGAAGAAGAGGAGGAUGAUAUCAAAGUGUUCAUUUUCAAUCCCCUCUCUGUGAAGACGGAAGAACAGGAUGGAGAGGAACCUCAGUCUCCAGGAAUUGAUGAAAUCAAAAGUGAAGAGAACAGAUACACAGAGUGUUUUAAAACAGAAUCCGAUGGAGAGGACUGUGGAGGAUCAGAAGCAGACAGAGACUUUAAUCCAGGCAGUCAUUUACUGCCAGAUACUUCUGACAAAUCUUCAGAAGUUUCUGGAUCUGAGACUGAUGACAGUGCUGAUUGGGAGGAGAGUGAUGAACCUUGUGAAGGUUCAAACCCUUUUAGUCAAAUGAAACAAGUGAAGAAAUACAAAGGAACUAAUACAGUAGACAAACGUUUGAGCUGCUCCGUUUGUCAUAAAAUAUUUUCAAAACAAAGGAAUCUGAAGCAACACAUGACUGUCCACACGGGGGAGAAACGAUUUAGUUGUUCAUUUUGUCAAAAAAGUUUUUUUUAUGAAAGACAUCUAAAGCAACACUUGACUUCACACACAGGGGAGCACGCAUUUAGUUGCUCAGUUUGUGGUAAAGGAUUCUCACAAAGUGGAGCUCUCAAAAAACAUUCUUUUGUCCACUCAGAAGAAAAACCCUUUAGAUGCUCAUUGUGUAAAAAAGGGUUUUCAUGUAGACAAGCUUUGGUGAGGCACAUGAGAGUCCACACAGGGGAGAAACCAUUUAAAUGUUCAGUUUGUCAUAAAGGUUUUUCCCAGCAAGGAAAUAUGCUGAGACAUUUAACUGCUCACACUGGGGAGAAACCAUUUAGCUGCUCCAUCUGUGGUAAGAGAUUUCUUCACAAAACUUAUCUGAAAGAGCACUCUAAUACCCACACGAAGGAGAAAUCAUUCAGGUGUUCAGUUUGUGGAGAAGAAUUUUCCCAAAGGGGACAUCUGAUGAAACACUCUAAAAUCCACACAGAGCAAAUAAGUUGUUCAGUUUGUGAUAAAACAUUUUCCAAACAGGGAUAUUUCAGGGCACACCUGGCUGUCCAUGCAGGGGAGAAAACGUUUAGUUGUUCAGUUUGUCAUAAAGACUUUUCCAACCAAAGACAUCUAAAGGAACACCUGACUGUUCACACAGGGGAGAAACCAUUUAGCUGUUCAUUUUGUCAUAAAGAUUUUUCUUAUCAACGAAAUCUAAAGGAACACUUGACUGUCCACACAGGGGAGAAACCAUUUAGUUGUUCAGUUUGCGAGAAAGGUUUUCGAAUUAGACAAGCGGUGGUGAGGCACAUGAAGGUCCAUACAGGGGAGAAACCAUUUCAGUGUUCGGUUUGCAACAAAAGUUUUCGAUUGAAACACAUGUUGGUCACACACAAGAGAGUCCACACAGGGGAGAAACCAUUUAGUUGCUCAAUCUGUCAAAAACAGUUUUCCCAACAUGGAACUCUGAACAGGCAUCUAAUUGCCCACAAAGGGGAGAAACCAUUCAGCUGUUCCAUUUGUCAUAAAAGAUUUUCCCAUAAAGGAAAUCUAACAAAACAUGCUGCUAUCCACACAGGGGAGAAGCCAUUUAGCUGUUCAGUAUGUGGAAAAAGUUUUGCUCACAAAAGAAAUCUUAAGCUGCACUUGGCUGUGCACACAGGAGAGAAAUCUUUUCAUUGUUCAGUAUGCGGUAAAGGAUUUUCCCAACAGGCUCGUCUGAAGGAACACUUGAAUACCCACACAGGAGAAAAACCAUUUAGUUGUUCAGUUUGUCAUAAAAAAUUCUUUCAACAGAGAAAUCUGAAAAAACACAUGAACAUCCACACAGAGGAAAAACCGUUUAGUUGUUUGCUUUGUCAUAAAGAUUUUUCCCACGAAAUAAAUCUAAAGAAACAUUUGGCUGUCCAUGCAGGGGAGAAACGCUUCAGUUGCUCAGUUUGUGGAAAACAAUUUACAAGAGGAAUAGAUGCAAGAAAACACUCUUUAAUUCACACAGAGGAGAAACCAUUUAGUUGCAGUGUUUGUGAUGAAAGAUUUACACAUCUAGAGAAUUGUAAAAUGCACAAGUGUGUUGGUGAGAGCAGUGGAAAUCCUUAAUAAUGUGUGCUUCAUCUCAUCUGUCCAGCUAAGCGAAAGCUGUUGUGCUUUCCAUCUUUUUCUUUCCUUAUCUAACUUUAAAAAUGUCAUUUGGUUCUCUCCUUGUGGUUGAUUUAUGUUGGAUCUAACGAAAAGUAUGGUGUAGACAUGCUUUUCUGUUUCUUGAGAUAAUCCUUGCUAAGAAUUGGUGCUCUACAAAGAAUGAUCAAUUGACUGUCUUUUUUUCAAUCUUAAUUGUUUCCUUUGGUUUCACAGUUUAUAGUUGUUUUUGAAAUGCAUUUAAACAGUAAUAACAUAUUUUAUGUUAACUAUACGUAAUCCUCAAGGAUCAAGAAUAUGUUUUUAUCCAUGAGGUGCAGUUUUCUCCAUAGUUGAGCUAACUGUGCCACACAAACCAUUGCAGAUGGAAGUGAAUAGAACAGUCUGCUGAAAAAUCAGACACAAUUACAUUUAUAGGAAAAAUACUGAAAAGUAUGAAAAAUCAUUUAAAAAUAAAUAUUACAUUGAGCUAUUCAAAGGUCUAAUGCCAGUCGGGGUAAAAUAAUUUUUCAAUCUGUUUGUCUUACAUGGUGGUGGGACAUGUCUUUGGCCAGAUAGGAACAGCAAGAAUUCAUUGAAAGUGGAUGGUUUGGUUCAUCCUGUAUCAACUGGGCCUUAUUUUUAGACCCCUAAGUUUGAUAAGCCAUUUAGAUCAUUAAGAGUAGUGCAGCUGCUGCCUGUCGCAAUUCCCAGUUCAUCAGUAUUUUGUGAAAUAUUUUAAUUGAAGUCCCUGUAAAGCAAUAAGGGAAUAAAGUGGCUGUAAAUGUUCGAGAAGACUGAGCAGUUGAAUGGGCUUAGACCGUUGAAAAGUUUAACUCAUUCAGGGCUAGGUUUUAUUGGGUAAGGCCAAAUCAGUGGUUCAUUGAUGCUGAUUUGACAUUACCCCACCUCCUGAGUGCUAUGACAUUAUGAAACCCCAGGGAAUUUGGAAACAUGAUGUGUGAUGUUUACGUUCCUUCGAGUGUAAAUGCAGGGAGAGCUACAGCACAAGUAAGGGAUUGUGUGCAUAGCCACCUGCAAUGUACACCUGAUGUGGCCCCUUAUUUCCAGUAAAGGGCAAUAUUAAUGCUUCAGCAUACCAAGACAUUUUUGACCAUGCUAUGCUUCCAACUUUGUGGCAACAGUUUUUGGAAGGCUCUUUUCUAUUCCAACAUGACCGUGCCCCAGUUCACAAAGCCAGGACUAUAAAGACAUGGUUUGUUGAGUUCUGUUUGGAAGAACUCGACUGGUCUUCACAGAGCCCUGACCUCAAACCUAUCGAGCACCUUUGGGGUGAACUGGAACAGAGAUUGUGAGCCAGACUGUCUCACCCAGCAUCAGUGCCUGACCUCAUAAUUGCUCUACAGAAUGAAUGGGCACAUAUUCCCCCAGAAAUACUCCAAAAAUGUGGAAAGCCUUCAAAGACUGGGGCGGUUUUAAAGUUGCAAAACAUACAGCUGCAUUGAGAAUAAAUGUACUAUUUGAAUAAAAUACAUGAAUAAAAUUCAAGUGAUAAGUUGUUACGGACUCAAGUCUGUAAGAUUCUUACAGAACAUGGAUGUGGUUGGUUCUUCUACCCCAGCUGUGGAUCAUGCAGGUUCAGGUUACUUCUGGAUUUGACCAGGUUAGAGGUUCAAAACAUUGCUCUUUUUACAAGGAUUUUGUACAUUUUUACAGCAAGUGGGUAUUUUGAGCAAGCUAACUGGCAGAUUUACCCAUGUUUUUCCCCAUCUGUUACAGCUGCUAAAUGUUAUGAAGACAGUGUUUGACUACUAAGUUUGUUUUUGCUUCCAGUGUGGGGAUGGAAUAAAGGAUUUUAAACAGUAGA